UCGAAUUUGAUAGAAGAAGAAACAUUAUAAAAAAUCAAAUUUCUUGUGCAGGAAGACGAACAUUAGAUUAAUUUUCACCUAAUUUUUUUCCAUAUUUCCAAGUUUUCCUGUACUCUAACACAACAGACCUUCUUCUUCCCUGACCACUAACCGCUCAAACACCAUCUCAAAAGAGUUUCUCUUUCCAGCAAUGAUCCACAAAUCCCACAUUUUGCUUCCUCUGGUUUUGUUAUCCUUGUUCUCAUCAAACACCAUUCGUGUUCGAAGCCAAGGCUCCGACUCAAAGUCCCAUAUAAUUUCCUGCGGCUCAUCUGCCGAAGGGGAAACGGAUUCGGAUGGCCGGAAAUGGACAACGGAUUCUACGUACCUCGCCUCCGCUGACAACACGAAGACUGCAGAAGCGGGGUACUAUGACCCUGCUCUGCCAUCCAAAGUUCCAUUCAUGACAGUCAGAAUCAUGAGCUCUGCAACAUCGUACAAGUUCUCUGUCCCAUCAAGCAAACGCCUGUUGGUCAGGUUCCAAUUCUACCCGACCACCUACAACUCCGUAGAUUCCUUAAACGGCGUUUUCGACGUCUCCGCCAACGGGCUCACCCUGCUUAAAAAUUUCAGCCCUUUCAUCACAGCCUUGGCCCUCACGCAGGCUUACAUCAUAAGAGAGUACUCAAUCGUUCCUGUCCAGUCCGGCACUCUCAACAUCACGUUCACGCCCUCCACAAAGCACGAAAAAACAUUCGCCUUCGUGAACUCACUGGAGGUUAUCCCAAUGGAAGAAAUCUUCAAGCCGACCGACUUGAUCGGAUUCCGCGGCCAAACGGUUGACGUCCAAAACGCCUCCCUCCAGACAAUGUACAGGCUAAGCGUCGGAGGGGAUUACAUUCCUGCAAUCAAGGACUCCGGACUCGCACGAACAUGGUGGGACGACUCACCGUACCUACUAAAUGCAGCUUACGGGGCCUCGUAUCUCAAUAAGACUUUUCUCGGGGUGUCAAUCGAGGCUCCUGCCAAUGUCACCAUCAAACACACGAAGGAUGUCCCCGAAUAUAUUGCUCCUCUAAACGUGUACAAAACUGCGAGAUCGAUGGGACCGAACCCUCAAGUCAACGUUAAAUCCAAUCUCACUUGGGUUUUUCAGGUGGACGCAAAUUUCACCUACGUCGUUCGGUUACAUUUCUGCGACUUUCAAAACACACUGGGGAACCAGAGAACGUUCGAUAUAUAUCUCAACAACCGAACGGCUCAGGAGAUGGCAGAUGUGGUCCUGUGGACCGGGGGAAUCGGAAUCCCGGUUUACAAGGAUUAUGCCACUCAUAUGAACGACAAAGACGGUGAUGUUCUGUGGGUGGGUUUGCAUCCGAGUCUGGCAACGCAUCCGCAGUACUAUGAUGCCAUACUUAAUGGACUGGAGAUUUUUAAGGUUAAUGACACGGCCGGGAACUUGGGGGGUCCAAAUCCUGUGCCUUCAAAAAUGCUUCUUAAGGCAGACGCUGCAGCCAAGAUUUUAUUGGCAGACGCUGCCUAGGGUUUUGAAGUGUCGGGUGAUUUUCUGGAAUGGACUCCAAUUCUUUGAUUCACUGGUUUUAAUUCUAAAUUUCGACAAUUUAUAUUCUUAUUUGUAACUUUAAUUUGAGAUGGUCGAUAAUUGUCUGAGUAAAUUUCGAAUGAGGGUUUCACCCUAAAUAU